UGAAGUUCAGCGCUGAAUAAAUUAUUACGUAUAUACGUAGUUGCCAGACUCUCGUCAUGCAGUAGGGCUCCACAGUUCAGAACUGAUAUUUAAAACGGCAGCGGAUCAGUUAAGCAACUCAGUAACACAACUCCUUGUAUUUUUUUUAAAUUUAUUGUUCCUUAAUGAUGACGACUUUUGAUUUCUCCGAUGUGGAGGCUUUUUUGGAUUGUCACCCGGACCUUUUCGAAGAAUACCUUAUUCGCAAAGGAAAAUACGAUACUGUGAGCAGGUGGUUGAAGGAGCACCAGCCGCCCAAGGUGCCGCUGGUGGAGGAUAAGCGCAGCGCCGCUAGAGAUCCCUUCUGGCCCACAAAUCCUGACGGGCUCCAGCGGCGCUCCUCACAUAUGGAACUCAGACGGAACUUCGCCCGUUCCAAAGCAAUGACAGCGCACCGAACCUACGAUGAACACGUAAGCCUCAGCGCUCACGAGUCCCAGUCCAGCAUGCGCCGCCGCGCGCUUCUACGGAAAGCCAGCUCCUUACCCCCGACUACCGCGCACAUUCUGAGCGCCUUGCUUGAAUCCAGAGUGAAUGUGCCACAGUACGCAUCCAGCGCUAUAGAUUACAAAUACAGACUUAAGGAGUCUAAUGAACGGGAAUUCUUCCUAGAGUUAGUGAAAGAUAUCUCCAACGAACUGGACAUGACUAACCUCAGUUAUAAGAUCCUGAUAAACGUAUGUAUCAUGCUGGACGCUGACAGGUGCUCACUUUUUCUUGUCGAGGGACCCUCUCAUAAGAGAACGCUGGUGUCCAAGUUUUUUGAUGUGCACUCGGGAACAACGGUGCGGCCCUCCUCCAGCACCCUGAACUCUAACGAAGUGCAGGUACCUUGGGGGAAAGGUAUAAUCGGAUAUGUAGCCGAACAUGGUGAGACUGUCAACGUCCCUAACGCAUACGAGGAUCAUCGCUUCAGUGAUGAGAUCGACAAGCUGACCGGGUAUAAGACCCAGUCCAUUCUGUGCAUGACCAUCUGCAACAGCGAUGGUGAUGUUAUUGGAGUGGUGCAGGCCAUCAACAAAAACCCCAGCGGGGCGCCUUUCACCGAGGACGAUGAGAAGGUACUGCAGAUGUAUUUGCCAUUCUGCGGAAUAUCGAUCUCCAAUGCCAAGCUGUUCUCCGAGUCCCGCAAGGAGUAUGAGAGGAGCCGGGCUCUGCUGGAAGUGGUGAACGACCUGUUCGAGGAGCAGACUGACCUGGAGAAGAUCGUGCGGAAGAUCAUGCAGCGCGCGCUGACCUUGCUGCAGUGCGAGCGCUGCUCUGUGCUGCUGCUGGAGGACAUACACUCACCUGUGGUGAAGUUCUCCAAGACUUUUGAGCUGAUGUCUCCUCUGUGCAGUGCUGACCAUGACAUCAGCAUGGAGAAGCUAUCCUGUUCUGAUUGGCUGAUCAAUAACAGCAUUGCAGAGCUAGUUGCAUCCACGGGUCUGCCUGUUAACAUCAGUGAUGUGUGUCAGGACCCACGAUUUGAUGCUGAGGCAGAUCAGGCUUCCGGGUUUCAUAUCCGGUCAGUUUUGUGCGUGCCCAUUUGGAACCGAACCCAUCAAAUCAUUGGGGUGGCCCAGAUCCUGAAUCGGCUUGACAGGAAGACAUUUAAUGAUGCAGAUCAGAGGUUGUUUGAGGCUUUUGUGAUUUUCUGUGGGCUGGGAAUAAACAACACAAUGAUGUACAACCAGGUGAAGAAGACCUGGGCAAAGCAGUCUGUGGCUCUGGAUAUGCUCUCCUAUCACGCCACAUGUUCCAAGGUGGAGGUGGACCGACUGAAGGCUGCCAAGAUCCCUCUGAGCAGCGAGCUGGGUAUAGACGAGUUUCACUUCAACGACUUCUCCCUUGACAAUGACGCCAUGAUCACCGCCUCCCUGCGGAUGUUCUUGGACCUGGGAGUGGUCCAGAAGUUUAAAAUCGACUAUGAGGUUCUAUGUCGCUGGCUGCUGACCGUCAGAAAGAAUUACCGCACUGUUGCCUACCACAACUGGCGGCAUGCCUUCAAUGUGUCCCAGUGCAUGUUUGCCAUGAUCAAGACUGCUGAGUUCCAGGAUGUCCUAUCAGACUCAGAGACUUUGGCACUGAUGGUGGGGUGUCUUUGCCAUGACCUGGAUCAUCGUGGCACUAACAACGCCUUCCAGGCUAAGUCUGGGUCAGCCCUGGCACAACUGUACGGGACCUCUGCCACCCUGGAGCACCACCACUUUAAUCAUGCGGUCAUGAUACUGCAGAGUGAGGGUCAUAACAUUUUCGCCAACCUCUGCUCAAAGGAGUACAGCAACAUGAUGCAGCUCCUGAAGCAGGCCAUUCUGUCCACUGAUCUCACCCUGUAUUUUCAGAGAAGAACUAAGUUCUUUGAGUGUGUGCUCUCUGGAGAGUUUAGCUGGAAGGACGAGGAGCACAGGGAGGUACUCAGGUCCAUGCUCAUGACAUCUUGCGACUUGGGAGCAGUGACACGACCCUGGGAAAUCUCCAAACAGGUGGCAGAGUUGGUGACCAGUGAAUUUUUCGAGCAGGGUGACAGGGAGAGAUCCGAGCUGAAGCUGACCCCAGCAGCCAUCUUUGACCGGAACCGAAAGGAUGAGUUACCAGCCUUACAGCUGGAGUGGAUUGAUGGGAUCUGUAAACCUCUUUACCAGGCACUUGUGAAGUUGAACAGGAAACUGCAGCCCAUGUUGGAUGGAAUAAAUGCGAAUCGAAUGAAAUGGGAGGAGCUUUCAUCAUCCAAUCAGCAGACACAGAAAAUCCCAGACCACAAUCAACUGGCUGGAGAAUAAGAGUACAGAAGGGAUGGACUAAUUGCAGUCACGGAGUGACCCAGACUCAGAUUAUGUUCAUUCUGCCACAGCCCUUAAUUGUUUAAUUUAACUAAUUAUUCUGACAGUUAACUCUAAUGGAAAGAUAACUGUAGAACCAAUAAUGCUGUGAACUGCUUUUUCCUUCUCUGAAACUGACACAGAGUUGAUCAGGGUAGCUAUGGAGUAGAUACUAAUGAGUGAGUAUGCACAAAAUUCUCUCAAGCUGUAGAGGUUGGUGAGAUGAAAAUUGCUGGGGCGGAAAACUUUGAUUAUUGGUCUCCACCUGUAUUCAGCCAUUUUCCUUGAUUUUCAAUACAGCGAUUCAUUUUUAAAAAGUAAUAUCAGAUAUAGUUAGAAAUGAUAAUUUUCUAUCCAACCAAUUUUCAGCUCUCCAACCACCACUGCUCUCAAGAUAGAUAAAUACAAAAAAAAUGUACAGAAAUGUAUGUGAUAUCUGUACUGGGUACAAAUCAAUGCAGGAUAAUGACAUGAAACUGAAUUACAAAUUUAAACAGAUUUGUUCUGCAUGCUUGCAUACUUUCAGUUGAUUAAAAUGCAGUAUCACUGUGAUUGAUGUCAGUUAUAUAUUGUCUUCGGAAUGUAAACUGGCACAAAAUAUUGUUACUAAAUUAUGAUUAUGAUUCAUUAAAUUGUUUAUUGAUAUGCUCCAAUUUGUUAAUUGAGGAGUUUUACAUACAUGUUUGGUAAAUCUGUGAAUUAAGAAGUUUGGAUUGCAUGCACUACAGUCUUAGCAUGUGAUCAGUUUUCCAGGUGAAUGCAUUUUUGGUUUUAAGGGCUGCAGUUUGCUUAAAUCUAUUUUUUGUGAUGUUUGUUAUUUUUGUGCAGCUGCUACUGCAUGUUAAAACUGUAAAACCAGCAUACUGUACAGCCUCGAACUGAUGAAAUAACGCAUUUCCUGCAAGUUUGUCCUGAUUUUCAUGCAUGCAUUAUUUAUGGACACCCUUGAGGAACAUUAGAUUUUCCAACUUGCCUACAAAUGCAAACAUUCUAAGAGAACAUGCCUGGAAUCAUUCAGUUUCCAUUGUGCCUCUGCACACACCUAAGAGAAGGAGCUGAAUAACUCCAGGUAUUCAUGAAAGAACAUCUGUGAGGUGUAUCAUAUGAGGUACAGACGUGGAAGAAAAUAUCUGUGCUUAUAUUCCCUCAGGCAAAGUUUUGUAAGUACAGAACCCUGGUAGUGUGCAUAGGAUGAUUCUUAUGUGAUUUUUUAGUAAUCAUAGGGCAUUGCACCAGUGAUUGAUUUGUUAUGCUGCAUCAGGGUGGGAUGCCUGUACAGUACAUUUCUCUUCUCUAGAGUACAAACUGAUGCAGACGGCCACUGUACUGUGCUAUCUAGAGGGCUUGCAGAAGGCCUUUCAAGGGAAGACUCUGUUGCAUUCUACAUAACUUAAUUUAAAUAACACAUUUGUGUUCUUGUUCUUCAGAGCAUUCAUUUACUGUAAUAUUCAUUAUAUCAUUUGUGGAAUGCACUUCACUUCUGAAUUACAGCUGAAUGUAGAUACUAAAACAGGUAAACCCCACUUAGAAGUAGGUACAGAUACAGCAUUGUUGGUGUGUUUACUGACCAAACUAGUCCCGGUUCUUAUGACUGAAAGAUACUUGUCAAAUUGUUGACACCCCCCUGUACAUAUCAGGGUGGACUUGCUUUUUCCUGUCCAACAGUGCUGCUGAAGGAAAUUCUAACAGAAAAAAAAGAAACCAGGGAAACAGUGAAAACAGUGAUCUGGAAGAGAAAUAGUGAUGGAUAAAAUACAUUUAAUAUUUUUAUAAUUUUUAUCAUAACUUGUCUUCAUCUGUCAGAUAAAUAUGAAACUAUAUUAUUAAAUUAACUAAUGUAUGUUCUAUCAAGUUGGCUUAAAAUACUUUUUGAUUUGUUUGUUUUUAAUGUUUAAAAAUGUAUUUUUAUCUUUUCUCAAUUUCCCUUUGAAAUGCUUAACUACGUUUCCUAUGUACCAAUGAAUUAAUAUCAAGACCAUCUAAUUCACAAGGUGUUUCCUUUUGGAUAUUGUAUUUACUGUCAGUUAAUUUAUGGUAUUUGUGCAUAUAUAUUGUUUUCAGUUGAGUUCAUUCCGAUUCAGACUGCAGAUUGUAAAAGGCUUGGUUUGCAAUCUAUAAAAAUGCAUUUCUCUC